AUGGACUCCAGUGUCACCGAUAAUCGAUCGCCACCUCGACCGACGACCAAUGCUGAAGCAGAGAGUGCUGCGCUCGCUACCCAAGUCCUUGAAACAGGAACCAAUGAGAAAAACGGCGAUGCAGAAGCUACAGAACAGGAUGGAAAAACCUCGACGCAAGCAAAGAAAGUGCCCCAGGCGGGUAUGAAGAAUUACUUCCGAGUCUUCUCAUACGGAUCCAAACUCGACUUUUGGCUCAUGUUACUGUGCUGUAUCACUUCGAUAGCAUCUGGUGUUACGUUUCCUCUGAUGAACGUUGUCUUCGGUCAACUGGUCGGCUCUUUUACCAACUACUUCAUUCCAGGAACGACAAUGACAGCCGGCGAGUUCCAAGCGGAGAUCAACAGGCUCACCCUUUUUCUCGUCUACCUUUUCAUCGCGAAGUUCGUAUUGUCCUAUAUAGCAAUGCUCACUAUCCGAAUCAGCGGUCUUCGAAUCUCUGCUGCACUGCGCCUAGCUUACCUACGAGCCUUGUUUGCACAGCCAGUCAGUGUGAUAGACACUAUAAGCCCCGGCAAAGUCUCCACCCGAAUUACAACCUCUUCCAACACAGUUCAACUCGCCAUAUCGCAGCAUUUCGCUAUGCUUUUCCAAUCUCUCGCUUUCUUCAUCGGAGCAUAUGUGGUAGCUUUCGUCAACGGCCCGCUGCUUACCGUAGUCGCCUCUGCUUCGCUGCCGUUCAUCCUCAUCAUAUCUGGUGCCCUAGUACCACCUUUUAUUCGUAUACAUAAGGUCACUGAGAAGCACCAUGAAGAUGCUUCGGCUAUGGCUUUCGAGAUGUUCUCGUCCGUUCGCAUCGUUGCUGCAUUCGGUGCAGAGGCGAAACUGGCAAGGCAGCAUGAAAUCUUGCUGGACAAAGCCGCGAGGAACGAGCGUAGAGCCGCGCCUUUGAUGGGUCUCAUGAUGUCGCCCUUGAUGAUUGGGCAGUAUGGUACUUUUGCCAUCGCAUUUUGGUUUGGCAUCAAACAGUUCUCGGAGGGUAAGAGUACCGACAUUGGAGUUAUAGUCGUGGUCCUAUUCUCUGUUAUGAUGGCGAUCAUGAACAUGAGCAGGGUCGUGAGUCCAAUUAUCGCUAUCGCAAAGGCAUCGUCUGCCGCCACCGAACUGUUCAUCACCAUCGACGCCCCCGUUCCUAACACUGCUGGAAUGAAGGAGCCAGAUAUAACGGCCAACGCAAACAUCAGCUUUCAGAAUGUUGCCUUCUCGUACCCAAGCCGGCCCAAUGUUCAGAUUCUUGGAGGUCUUGAUCUUGAUCUCGAGGCAGGUAAAGUUACCGCUAUUGUUGGCCCGUCCGGAAGUGGGAAGUCUACUAUCGUAGGAUUGGUGCAGAGAUGGUACGACCUCUCGGGCACAAUAGCUACAACCGCAUCUGAUGAAGACGACACCCACUUAUCACACCACAACGGCGCACCUAAGGACAAAGAAGACAGCCCUAAGAAGUCUGGGUGGUUCAAGAAACGAGCCGAAUCAAAGACCAAAGACAAACAAGCAUCCACGGAAAAGGCCGGGCAUGACAAGAGCAAAGAGGAGGAACCUGAGCUGGGUCCAAACACUUGCACCGGUACUAUCAAGAUUGGGGAGACCAACCUACUAGAUGUUGACUUAAAAUGGUGGCGCUCCCAAAUUGGUCUGGUUCAGCAAGAGCCCUUCCUAUUCAAUGAUACCCUCUACAACAAUGUCGCAUUCGGUCUUACAGGUACUCAAUACGAAGGCUUGCCAAAAGAAGAGAAGAUGAAAAUGGUAGAAGAUGCGUGUCGCGAAGCCUACGCUGAAGAAUUUGUCGCCAAACUACCGGAAGGCUAUGAGACCCUGGUAGGAGAGAGCGGCAUCAAGCUGUCGGGCGGUCAACGACAACGGGUGGCUAUCGCGCGGAGUAUCAUUAAGCAACCACUUAUACUGAUCUUAGACGAGGCGACCAGCGCUAUCGAUGUACGGACAGAACGUAUCGUUCAACAAGCUCUUGAUCGCGUAUCGAAGAAUCGAACGACUAUUGUCAUCGCGCAUCGCCUCUCCACCAUCAGGCGGGCGGACAAGAUCGUUGUCCUACGUCAAGGUCAGCUCGUAGAGCAAGGUACCCACGACGAGCUUCUGAAGAUAGAAGCUGGUGUCUACUACGGCUUAGUUCACGCCCAGGAAAUCGCGAUGGAGGCUGAACAGGACGCUGAUGUCGACGCACUUGAAAAAGUGAAAAGCCCAGACACAGUGACCGUUGACGAGCAUAAAGAGAGCAGCCAGACCUCUGAAACAGCAGCAGAUCCAGAGUACAAACAACAAGGUCUCCUUGGUAGCUUCGGACGCCUUCUUUAUGAGCAGCGCAGCCAUUGGAUCCUAUACACCGUCGCCAUUCUCGGUGUGUUAGCCAGUGGUGCCGUCUACCCGCUGCAAGCGUACAUCUUUGCAAGUGUGGUCAAUGUCUUCACCCUUCCCAUGAACGAACUGGUGAGCCAGGGUAAUUUCUGGGCCGGCAUGUUCGGUGUACUAGCUGCAAGUACUUUUCUCUCUUACUUCUUCAUGGGGUCGGCUUGUCAUCUCAUCGCUGUCAUGGUAACGAAGCAGUAUCGACAAGAGUAUCUUGAUAACCUCAUACGCAAACGAAUUGCCUUCUUUGACGAUCAAGGACAUAGUCCCGGAUCUCUGACGGCGAGCCUGAGCUCGGACUCGACGCAGAUCCAACAGCUGAUGGCGACUGAGAUGUCCUUGGCGGGCAUUGCCAUUGUCAACGUUGUGGGCUGCGUCAUUAUCUCUUUCGUAUACGGCUGGAAGCUCUCGUUGGUUGGGCUCUUUGCUGCACUGCCAAUUAUUCUGGCUGCUGGCUAUCUUCGAGUGCGACUAGAGCUCGAGUUCGACAAGACCAACGCAAAGGUCUUUGAAAACAGCAGUGAGUUUGCGGCUGAAGCUGUCGGUGCGUUCCGCACGGUAUCCAGUCUCAUCAUGGAAGACAUGAUCGGUCAGCGCUAUGAAACGUUGCUCAAGGGCCACAUCGCUUCGGCCUUCUCGAGUGCGAAGUAUGGUACCCUUGUUUUCGCGGGGAGUGACAGUAUUGAGCUGGCUUGUAUGGCACUUACUUUUUGGUAUGGCGGUACUCUCCUGGCCUCCCGCGAGUACAACACCGUCGAUUUCUUUGUCAUCUACCAAGCUAUCGUUCAAGGCGCCAUUGCAGCAGGCCAAUUCUUUUCUUUCGCCCCAAACAUGGCGCAAGCAACCGGUGCUGCUAACCGCAUCAUCAGCAUGCGUCCACCGAAGACCGCCUCGCCGCCAUCAUACCCGCCCCUGAACAAGCCAGAAGAAGGUGCAGGGAUUAAGUUUCAAAAUGUAUAUUUCACAUACAAAACUCGAGCAGUGCCCGUACUAUGCAACCUCAACCUGCAGGUCCAGCCGGGCCAGUUCGUCGCACUGGUAGGUGCAUCCGGCUGCGGUAAAUCGACAACCAUCUCCCUCCUUGAGCGCUUCUACGACGCAUCAUCCGGCCGUAUUCUGUACAACGGGCAAGAUAUCACUUCCCUCAGCCCCUCAGAGUACCGCAAGCAGAUCAGUCUCGUCAGCCAAGAGCCUACACUCUACGAAGGCACGAUCCGAGAAAACAUCGCUUUGUCUGUUGAUACCGCCACGGACGGAGACAUUGAGCAAGCAUGCCGUGACGCCCAAAUCCACGACUUCAUUGCCUCCUUGCCCGAUGGGUACGCACAGCGUCUCGGACCAAAGGGCAUGUCUUUAUCUGGCGGUCAGAAACAACGUCUCAGUCUCGCCCGGGCUUUGCUGCGGAAACCGAAGCUCCUCUUACUGGACGAGGCCACGUCGUCUCUCGACUCUGCAUCUGAGAAACUGGUCCAAGAGGCGAUUGAGCGGGCCGCUGGUGAGGGUGGAAGAACGGUGAUUGCUGUCGCGCAUCGACUUGCUACGAUUCAAAAGGCAGAUGUUAUUUUCGUAUUGGGUAGUGGGAAGGUGUUGGAGAAGGGAGAUCACCAGGGGUUGUUGAGGAAGAGGGGAAUAUACUGGCAGAUGUGUCAAGCUCAGGCUCUAGACCAAUGA